GUAAUGGGAGCCACGGGAAGCGGCAAGACAACCUUCAUCAAUAAAGUCAGCGGAAGCACCCUUCGCAUUGGGAGAGGACUUCAGUCUUGCACAAGCGUUGUACAAGUCGCACAGCCGUUUGAGUUGGAUGGGUUUUCAGUCACGCUUAUCGACACACCUGGAUUCGACGAUACGACGAAGAGUGAUACAGAUAUCCUGAGAAUGAUAGCUGCAUUCCUUGCGACCGCAUACGAGAAUGGCAAAAAAUUGGCAGGAGUUAUCUACCUUCAUCGCAUCUCCGACUUCAGGAUGGGAGGGAUAUCGACACGCAACUUCAAAAUGUUUCGACAGCUUUGCGGUGACAGCACCCUAAAGAACGUCGUCUUGGUGACUAAUAUGUGGGGUGAAGUAAGCAAGGAGGUAGGCGAAGCACGAGAAGCAGAACUUGCUCGGGAAGACAUAUUCUUCAAACCUGUGAUGGAGAAAGGUGCUAGACUUCUCCGGCACGAUGACACCGUAGAGUCAGCGCAGGAGAUUCUGAGACGCAUCAUUGGAAAUCAGCCUCGAUCUCUCAGGAUCCAGCGGGAACUUGUCGACGAGAAGAAAGACAUUUCACAGACGGCUGCGGGAGCAGAACUGAACAGGGACCUUUUGCAGCAGGCUGAAAAUCAUCGCCUGGAGAUGAUAGUUUUACAAGAGGAAAUGAGGGGUUUGUUUUCGAAUAUCUUCAAACGCAAUAACCUCUAA